AUGCCGACAACUGUCGGCAUGUUGCUGAUUGUCCUCUUUGUUCCAGCUGCUUUGGCUGAUUAUCCUGAAGGACCAGACCUCUUCAUAACUGCACCAAAGAAGCUGGAAGCACUGAGUGGAUCUUGUUUGCUAAUCCCAUGUAGCUUCAGACCCAAAGAAGGACAGACAUUUAUCAGCACAAGAAAAACCUUUGGAGUGUGGAUUAAAAAUGAUUCUAAAUUUGGCAUUUAUCCAAACAAUGUGAUCUUCAACAGUAGUGGAGCAGUUAGCAUCUAUCCAAUGAGUAUUACUGGGAACCUGAGUCAGAGAGACUGCACCACUCUGUUUUCUAAUUUAACCACCACAUACACAGACACAUACUUCUUCAGAGCAGAGAGUGAAACAUUCAAGGCAACAGCUGCUUGUGAUCCUCUUCAAAUAACAGUCAGAGAUUCUCCUUGGAGGCCCAAUAUUACAAUGCCAGGUGAUCUGAAGGAGGAGUCUGUCACUAUAACCUGCUCAGCUCUCACUCCCUGUCCACACUCCCCUCCUCAACUCACCUGGAAUCUCCAACAAGACUCUCUCAACAAAAUAGAGGAAAACACAGAUGGAAGCUUUACAACUAAAAUCCAGCAGAACAUCACUCUGUCAGACACACAUGAUGGAAAGAAGAUCAGCUGCUCUGCCAGAUAUCCUGUGAACCAAGGAAAAGACACCAAGACAGCAGAGACAGAAGAGACUCUCAGUGUUUCAUACACUCCUAAAGACACCUCAGCAUCCAUCAGUCCAUCAGGUUUGGUGUCAGCAGGCAGCUGGGUGAAGCUGACCUGCUCCAGCAGAGCCAAACCUCCAGUCAGCAGCUUCACCUGGUUCAAGAAGAGCAGAGAUGGAGCUGUGAAAGUAUCUGAAGGAGAGAUUUACAGCUUCAAUGUAACAGAUGGAGGAGUUUAUUACUGUGUGGCCACUAAUGAUCUGGGUAAUCAGACAUCAGCAGAGAUUCAUGUGACUGUAACUUACAAUGAAGAUUCUCCUUGGAGGCCCAAUAUUACAAUCUCAGGUGAUCUGAAGGAGAAGGAGUCUGUCACUAUAACCUGCUCAGCUCUCACUCCCUGUCCACACUCCCCUCCUCAACUCACCUGGAAUCUCCAACAAGACUCUCACAACAAAAUAGAGAAAAACACAGAUGGAAGCUUUACAACUAAAAUCCAGCAGACCAUCACUCUGUCAGACACACAUGAUGGAAAGAAGAUCAGCUGCUCUGCCAGAUAUCCUGUGAACCAAGGAAAAGACACCAAGACAGCAGAGACAGAAGAGACUCUCAGUGUUUCAUGUGCUCCUAAAAACACCUCAGCAUCCAUCAGUCCAUCAGGUUUGGUGUCAGCAGGCAGCUGGGUGAAGCUGACCUGCUCCAGCAGAGCCAAACCUCCAGUCAGCAGCUUCACCUGGUUCAAGAAGAGCAGAGAUGGAGCUGUGAAAGUAUCUGAAGGAGAGAUUUACAGCUUCAAUGUAACAGAUGGAGGAGUUUAUUACUGUGUGGCCACUAAUGAUCUGGGUAAUCAGACAUCAGCAAAGAUGAAUCUAACAGGUCCGGAGGUUGGCCGCGAAGCCAGCGGUGGCGGCGAAUUCUUUCAGGAGGCCGCCCUCGACGGCCAUGAUGCCAACGUAGAGGCCUGGAAAGCGGCCAACAAAGGCGAGGUGGAACAGGCCGAGGUGGCUCUGACGGCAGUGUUGCUACCGCAGGACCAGACGAGGCAGGACCAGACGAGGCAGGACCAGACGCUGAAGCUGGACCGGGCGAAGGCGAAGCUGAAGCCGGACCGGGCGUGGAUGAAGACAGAGGCUGGACCGGGCGUGGAUGAAGACACAGUGGCGGAACCUGAUGGCAGCGGGGCGCCUGCGGAACCUGACGGCGGUGAUGCUGCAGGCGGUGAUGCUGCAGGCGGUGAUGCGGAUGCUGCAGAUGAUGAUGUAGAAGUCGCGGGGGAUGAUUCAGCAGGUGACGACUGA